AGAGAGAAAAGAAAAGAAAAGAAGAAGAUAUUAUUUCAAUUUCUAUAGGUUGAGAUGUAGAUCCAAAACAAGAACAGCAUAAAUAAAUCGAAAUCCAGCGAUUAUAGGUGGUACCCAAUAGUCAAGCGGUUACCCUGGUGACCUGGUCCAGAGCUCUAGGGAUUUCACCAGCAUUUCAACACUCUCCAAUCUCCCACUCCCAACGCCCAACAUUGUGCAGUGUUGUGGCCACCUCAAAAUCCCAACUCCCUAGUCCCACCACCCAGCAAUCUGCUUUUCGAAAUUCUUCUGUGCCUGCAAACAUCUUCACACCCACUAUGAAUCCAGUCCAAAUCCUUUCUUUCAUCCGUUUUUUCUUUUGUUUUCAUCGAUUCUAGCAUACCCAUUAGCCGUUUACCCUCGUUGAGCCGAUGAAAAGGUCGGUUCGGCCGCUCUUCAGCAUCUUGCUGCUCAUCGCCGCGGCCGGUACCCUCACUUUCAGGGUGGCGCUCCGCCGCGGCUUCGCCUCGUUCCACCUCGAAACCGACGAUUUGGCCGGACCCCGGCGGGUGGUGCCCGUGUUCAACUCCACCCUCCUCAGAAUCGCCGCCGUUGACUUGAGUGAGGCUCAGUCCAAGCAUGAGAUUGAGCAGAUGUUGGAAGGCAAUUUCGCCGGGCAAGGCCGGUACCGGACCUUCGCGUCGUGGCGGCGGUUCAACCACAUCGACGACCAUGCCAGGUCCUCCAGAGGCGUCCCUAUCCAGCUCCGAUCACCCAAGUUCUAUCGGUAUUGGUUGGAGUUCCGGAGAAAUUUGAACGAUUGGUAUAGAAACAAGAGGUUUCAUCCGGAGAUAAUGUCGGAUUUGAUUCGCUUAGUGAAGCAUCCAAUCGAUAAGCACAAUGGUUUAGUAGGAUUGGGGAAGCGUUAUUCUUCCUGUGCAGUUGUGGGGAAUAGUGGGAUUUUGCUGAGAAGUGAAUAUGGAGAGAUGAUUGAUAGCCACGAGGCUGUGAUUCGGCUGAACAACGCGAGACUUGAUAGAUUUGAGCACAAUGUAGGAUCCAAAACCAGCAUUUCUUUUAUAAAUAGCAAUAUAUUGCAUCUGUGUGCCCGGAGAGAAGGAUGUUUUUGCCAUCCAUAUGGGGUGAAUGUUCCAAUGAUAAUGUACAUUUGCCAACCCCUGCAUUUCUUGGACUACGCACUCUGCAAUUCAUCACACAAGGCGCCUUUGCUGAUCACUGAUCCCCGCUUUGAUAUGCUGUGUGCCCGAAUUGUGAAGUAUUACUCACUGAAACGCUUUGUGGAGGUGUUGAAGAAGCCUGUGGACGAAUGGAGCUCUGCCCAUGAUGGGGCUAUGUUCCAUUACUCUUCGGGUAUGCAGGCUGUCAUGCUUGCUUUGGGAAUUUGCGACAAAGUCAGUAUAUUCGGAUUCGGGAAAUCAGCAUCAGCCAAGCACCAUUAUCACACCACUCAAAAGGCGGAGCUCCCUUUGCAUGAUUAUGAGGCAGAGUAUGAUUUUUAUCGUGAUUUGGUGGAGAGACCCCAGGUAAUUCCAUUCAUUUCCAGCAAGUUCAACAUCCCUCCUGUGCUCAUAUAUCAUUGAAUUUUUCUCUAUGCUUGUGGUUUUGGUAAAUUGUUUUGUGAAGUUCCUAUUUUCCUUUUCAUGUAAUUCUACUAGUUUUCCACGAGACAGAUAGAAAGGUACAAAACUGUUGAAGAAUCUGUUUCAUUUUGGAACCCUGUACUACCCAAGGUAGUUUGGGGCAUCACCCAAUGUAGAACUGAAUCUAGGGAUAUGAUUUCAGGACCUGGGUUCUGUGGUGUUUUUCUUCAGGUUGAAUUUUUCUUAAUUUUCUCCAGCUUUUGAUGUAUAUAACUCUUGUCUUUUUUAAAUGUUUUAUGGGUACCUAUUUUGUAUCUUUGUUUCUUGUA